CCGGCCAUCCGCAUUUAAGCACUUGACAUUGAGAGCGGCUUUAAAACAGUUUGUGCCGUCGGCUCUCGGAUGAAACCCGAUUGGGCUGUCGGGACUGAUGAAGCGCUGAGCUCCACAGUUCUCUUUGCAGGUGUCGCUGGAAGUGGUUUGCAUUUGGGGCUGCCAUCUCCGGGGUGAAAAAUGUACGGGCUGCUGUGUGAGAGCCUCCAUGAUUUCAUCAAGGAGUCGUACGGGGACGACGUGUGGAAGCUGGUCAGAGAGAGGGCGGACGUCAGGCUGCACUCCUUCGUCACUCACCAGGUGUAUAGUGAGAGUGUGAUUCCUCGCAUUGCAAAGGCGGCCAGCGGGGUCACGGGAACGCCCUACAAUGACCUGAUGAACUCUUGGGGCGUCUACUUCCUGGGCUUCGUGGGGAAGUACGGCUAUGACAGGAUCCUCAAGGUGCUCGGCCGUCAUGUCCGGGACUUUGUGAACGGCCUUGACAACCUCCACGAGUAUCUGCGUUUCAGCUACCCCAAAGUGCAGCCCCCCACCUUCUUCUGCCAGGAGGAGUCCGCCACUGGAGUCACCCUCCACUACAGGAGUAAGCGCAAAGGAUACCUGCACUACGCCAUGGGUCAGCUGAGGCAGAUGGGAAAGCAGUUCUAUGACACAGACAUCCAUGUGGAGGUGCUGUCUGAGCAGAUGCACGGAGACUACUCUCACGUCACUAUGAGGUUGAUCUUUGACAACUCUGCUUACCGCUACAUCAUGAAGGAGGAUGAAGAAGAGCAGGAGAUUCUGCCAAUUACCUCCGAUUUCUUCUUUGAAGUAUUUCCUUUCAACACCGUCUUCCGAGAGGACAUGGUGGUGCAUAAUGUCGGCUCAGGCUUGUCUACAGUCUUCCCGGAUUUGGAUGGAAAGAAGAUCACCGACGCCUUCUUGCUGGCUCGCCCGCUAGUGGAGUUCACAUGGAACAUGAUCAUCUCCCACCCCAACAACCUGUUUGAGAUCAUGUCCAAGGAGCCCGUGAAGAGAGAGAGGAAUCUCCACAACCGAGUCCAGAAUUCCGACUAUGAAAAUGCCAAUCGUUCCGCUGACGUGGACGUGGAACUCAUGGCUUUCCAGUCCAUCAUCGCAGACGACUUCAAAGACAGCGCUAACGCCAUGGAGAGUUGGGGCGACGGGAGCCGCUGCCUGAGACUGAAAGGACAAAUGAGAUACAUGCCUGAGUGGGAGUCCAUCAUCUUUCUUGGAACGCCUGUGAUGGAGAGCCUGAGUGCCAUGUUCAAGACCGGCCUGUACAUCAACGAUCUGAGCAUGCACGACUCCAGCAGAGAUCUGGUGCUGGCAGGCACCCAGCAGUCAGAGGAGCUGAAAAGGGCACUCAUACAGGAGCAGAAGAAGUCCAGCAAAUUGGAAGAGAGCAUGAAGAUGCUGGACUAUGAGAUGAAGAAGACCGACGACCUUCUGUACCGAAUGAUUCCCAAGCCGGUGGCUAAGAGGCUGCGCAAAGGAGAGCCGGCUGUAAACACUUGUGAGGUGUUCCCAGAUGUUACCAUUCUUUUCAGCGACGUGGUUGGAUUCACACGCAUCUGCAGCCACAUUACUCCCAUGCAGGUGGUCUCCAUGCUGAAUACCAUGUAUACUCUGUUCGACACGCUCAGCGAAAAGCACAGAGUCUUCAAGGUGGAGACCAUCGGCGAUGCCUACAUGGUGGUGGCCGGGACUCCUGAGAAGACCAAGUAUCAUGCCCAUAACAUUUGUGACAUGGCCUUGGACAUGGUGCGCUCCAUAGACCACUUGAAAGACCCUUCCAACGGGAACAACAUCCAGAUCCGUGUCGGUAUCCACUCGGGGAUGGUGGUCGCAGGUGUGGUGGGACACAAGAUGCCACGAUACGGUCUCCACGGCGACACGGUCCACACGGCGUCUGCCAUGGAGAGCAAUGGAAAAGAGAUGCAUAUCCAGCUCAGCAGUGCCACCUAUGAGCACCUGAAAGGAAGCCACUUUAUUUUUGAAAGAAGAGGCAUCAUCACCAUCAAGGGCAAUGUAGAGAUCGAGACCUACUGGCUGAAAGGAAAGCGGGACAAAGACGGCAACGCUCAAGCGGCGUGUCCUCAAUUUGAGACCCAGACCAUCAGCAAGGCCACCGUCCUUGGGACUGAAGCCACAAGAGAUGAGGAAGGACUGGUUUUCCCACUAAUGGCCGGCGAGGACGAGGACGACGUCAAAUCCAUUCCCUCUCAUCGCAUCAAGAUGGAGAUUUCGGGCCCUUCUCCAGAAGGGUCUAUGGAGGAGUGUCGGGCGGAGGAGACGUCAGUCCAUAAGUCCCACUACAAAGACGCCUUACAGGACGGCCUGGAGGACGCUCACCUGGAGCUGGUGUCACCGGACUCUGACGGCGGGGUCUCCAUCAUGGAGUCACAUGACGGCUCCUCUGACUCCCACUGCUCCAAGAGCACAACGUGUUCCGUGUCCUGAACCCCGGUCUCUGGUAAAAGUCUAACUGAUGCUGUCGUCAGUUAUUGACCUGUAUUACUUUGUAUUGCUGCACUUUUUGGAAAACCACUAAACAUGAUCCCAAUAUCUCAAUGCUGACUGACAGACUAUGACCUCAUGGUAUUUCACGACACAGCUUAAUCAUACGCAUCUAUUUAAAGGCCUACUGAAAUGAAUUUUUUAAUUUAAACGGGGAUAGCAGAUCCAUUCUAUGUGUCAUACUUGAUCAUUUUGCGAUAUUGCCAUAUUUUUGCUGAAAGGAUUUAGUAUAGAACAACGACGAUAAAAUUCGCAACUUUUGGUCUCUGAUAAAAAAAAAGCCUUGCCCCUACCGGAAGUAGCGUGACGUAGUCGGUUGUUCACUUCCUCAUAUUUUCCUAUUGUUUUCAACGCAGCUAGAGCGAUCGAACCGAGAAAGCGACGAUUACCCCAUUAAUUUGCGCGAGGAUGAAAGAUUUGUGGAUGAGGAACGUUAGAGUGACGGACUAGAAUGCAGUGCAAAACAUAUAUUUUUUCGCUCUGACUGUAACUUAGGUACAAGCUGGCUCAUUGGAUUCCACACUCUCUCCUUUUUCUAUUGUGGAUCACGGAUUUGUAUUUUAAACCACCUCGGAUACUAUAUCCUCUUGAAAAUGAGAGUCGAGAACGCGAAAUGGACAUUCACAGGGACUUUUAUCUCCACGACAAUACAUCGGCGAAGCUCUUUAGCUAUUAAGCUAACGUGAUAGCAUCUGGCUCAAAUGCAGAUAGAAACAAAAUAAAUAAAUCCCUGACUGGAAGGAUAGACAGAAGAUCAACAAUACUAUUAAACCAUGGACAUGUAACUACACGGUUAAUAAUUCUCAGCCUGGCAAAGCUCACCAAUGCUGUUGCUAACGACGCUGAAGCUAACUUAGCAACCGGACCUCACAGAGCUAUGAUAAAACAUUAGCGCUCCACCUACGCCAGCCAGCCCUCAUCUGCUCAUCAACACCCGUGCUCACCUGCGUUCCAGUGAUCGACGGCGCGACAAAGGACUUCACCCGAUCACAGAUGCGAUUGGCGGCUAGCGUUGGCUAGCGCGUCUGCUAUCCAAGUAAGUCCUCCUUGUUGUGUUGCUACAGCCAGCCGCUAAUACACCGAUCCCACCUACAACUUUCUUCUUUGCAGUCUCCAUUGUUCAUUAAACAAAUUGCAAAAGAUUCACCAACACAGAUGUCCAGAAUACUGUGGAAUUAUGAAAUGAAAACAGAGCUUUUUGUAUUGGCUUCAAUGGGCUACCGAUACUUCUGUGUCACUGGUUACGUCACGCGCAUACGUCAUCAUCUAAAGGCGUUUUCAACCGGAAGUUUAGCGGGAAAUUCAAAAUGUCACUUUAUAAGUUAACCCGGCCGUAUUGGCAUGUGUUGCAAUGUUAAGAUUUCAUCAUUGAUAUAUAAACUAUCAGACUGCGUGGUCGCUAGUAGUGGCUUUCAGUAGGCCUUUAAUUUGAAUAUAAAUAAGUCUGCACGUAGAUUUUCCUUGCACCAACAAGUGUUCACUGCUAUGCGGUUGAACAUUUAUGCUGUAAAUAUUUCUUGCAGUGUUGCCCGCUACUGACAACUGACUUUAUUCUUCAUCCGUGGAUGUUUGCAUAUCAAUGAGCUUGAGCUCAGUGGAAUUAAAGCAAGUUGGCUUCAAA